GCCGCCUCUGCUCUUUGCAUAGUAAUUUCAGUUCCUGCAAGCACCCUGCUCGCUCCGCUCCCGGAACAGGUCUCAGAAGCACCGCCGCUCCGAGCACACGGGAGCCAUCCCCGUGGCGCCGAGAGCCGCUGCUUGGGAUAUGCGACGGGAGCCCCCACCACAGCCGAGGCAGUGGGCCAGCCGCGCUGAGAAGAGCCAGGCGAGAGGCAGGUUAGCAGAGCUGGCAAUUGGGAAGAAAUGCUGAAUGUGAAAUGGAGCUGAGCAGGAACUAACCGGAACCUGCAAGACAAACCAGAGCCUGUGUUGGACUUCUACCUCCUCCAACCCCAGUGGCCUGGGAGAACCAUAGAAGGAGCUGGCACUAUUCACUGGAACACUAUUCAUGCACCGACCAGAAGCUGGAGAUGGGGAUCUGGUGGGAGGCAAAGGACCAUAGCCUGACUGCCAUCUGACAUCACCAAGAAAACCCUCCAACAGCAGUGUGGAGAAUUGAAGAAGGUACAGAUUGGAGGCAGAGAGAUUAUAUAAGAAGCUCUUGAAAUAAUUAUGGCAAGAAAUGAUCGGUCCUUCAGAGAAAUCAUCCCUGAUUGUGUCUUCACUCUGACCUACGACAGCUUCCCAGUGGGAGCACUGCUCAGGGGAGAGCUCUGAGGUUUUCCUGAAGAGAAAUCCCAUGGGGACUGUACCUGACCCUCUAAUAUUAGCUAAAACUUCCCUGAUCACAGCUACCGGAAAAGAAGAGGACCUAGGAGAGGUACAGGCUGCCUCACCUCCGCCUCAACCAGCCCUCCUGUGUAAGAACACCGAUGGCCUUUCCAGCAAGCCUCGGGAACCAGCCCUCAGCCCCCGGGCAGCUUCGGAGGCCCUGAUGCAGGCCUGUGAGCAUGAGGCCGCGCGGCCGGACAUGUCUUCUCCUGGCAUCUUCAAUGAGGUGGAGAAAGCAUCUCCCACACUCAACUCCCCUGGCAAUACCCAGCGGCCAGGAAACAGCAAGCCCACAGCACCAACCCCGUGUUCUGCAGCAGUGAAGGAUCUUAUACACACAGCGUGUACCAUGCCAGCCAGUCAGCACAACCACCAGGCCAUCCCAGGGGGCCAGCCCAACGCCAGCGCCUCCUCGGGAUCUGAAGAGACCCUGGGGAAAUCACAGAGAACCUCAGAUGGAGAGCAAUCUGAGACGCCGAGCUGUCCUGUGGGAGGCACUGGUAGCAGCAGCCAAGAUCAAGUGCCCCGUGAUUUUCCUUCUCAAGACACAAUCCCGGGAGUGGUGCAGACUGCAAACACAGCGCCCAGGAUGCUCAGUCGUGCCGCCCCUCCUGCCGGCGGGCCUGAAGGGGACAGGCAGGGAGCCAUGUCCGACGCCAAGACCAGGGCCUGUGACUCUCCAGCCGGAGAAGACGGAUGUUCAGGGAGCACACAGCCCUCUGCCACCACCGCAGACACCCAGGCCGUGAGUCCUGGGACACCUCAAUCAUCCCACCUCUCCAGCAAAGGUUCGACGUUUCCUCCAGAGCCGGAGAAGACGCUGCUAGCAGCACAGCACCAGGCGUCAAGGUUCAAAGAAGCCAGUACGAUGACCAAUCAGGCUGAAAAUGAGAUCAAGCAAGUUCCCAACAGGGCUCAGCAAGAUGCGGAGGUGCAGGCCGUGGCCAGUGUCGAGAGCAGAUCCGUCUCCACCAGCCCCAGCAUCCUCACUGCGUUCUUAAAGGAAACCCCUGCUCGUGAGCGUUUGGAACAAGAGCAGCUACGUGUGGUUUGCCACGGCAGCAGUGGGAGCCACACAUUGGAGCUGUCAGUCAACAAGCUAUCCCCCCAGGAGUCGGGGCGGUGCCCUGGCAUCAUGCCAGAGGCGCACAGCCAGGCAGCUGCAGCUGUCUCCACGGUUCUCCAAGGGGAUAGUAGGUGGGUGAGCCUGCCAGGGGAGGUCCCCAAUACCUCAUCCAUCAAUGAGGCAUCCAGCAAUGCCCAGGACAAGCGUACAGAUGAUGGGCGGUCAGCUGGAAUGACCCCAGGGAGGGCAGAGCCCACUUCUAAACAGCUUUCUGCUAAUUCCAGCUCCCUGAAAGCUAGCCUCACCGACCAGAUUUCCAUCCGUGCAGGAAGUCAAGACGAAACCAGUCAGGGGUUGGGGACAUUUGGAACCAAGCCAUCUGAGCUGGCAGUGAACACCACAGGUGGCCACAAAACAGACCCUGAUUGCAAACUCUCCGCCUCCUGUGGGCCUGCCAGCCAAGCUGACCAGUUCGGGGGCUCGGACCCCACCGAUAAAGGAGAUGCAAGAGAGAAGAAGCCUGCAUCUCUUCCGGUAGGAAAAGAACAAGAAUCGAAAGGCACGAAUCUCCUGGAUGGGAAAGCAAGGGCAGAGGGCAAAAGCCUACUGCUCAAUCCUAAAGCUCAAGAAAGUGGAGGCUCGGGGUCAGCUGCCAGUCCCAUACCCUCCCCCGUUAGAAAUAACCAGGAGGGCACCGUGGAAGAACACAGGCCGGCCAAACCAGCCACCAGCCUGAGCCUGCCGUCUGAACCCAUGGGUGACUCCAGUCCUAGUUCGGGCAAGAAGACCCCUUCUCGCUCGGUCAAGGCCAGCCCGCGCCGGGCCAGCCGGGUCAGCGAGUUCCUCAAGGAGCUCAACGUGACGGCGGCCGCCCAGGUGGGACUCACCCCAGGAGAGAAGAAGAAGCAGCUUGGCGCCGACUCCAAGCUGCAGUUGAAACAGUCCAAGCGGGUCAGGGACGUGGUGUGGGACGAGCAGGGCAUGACCUGGGAGGUGUACGGCGCUUCCCUGGACCCGGAGUCGCUGGGCGUCGCCAUCCAGAACCAUUUACAGAGACAGAUCCGGGAGCACGAGAAAUCCAUCAAAGCGCAAAGCAGCCAGGCCCGGAGGUCCAUUUCCUCGGAUACGUCUUCGAAUAAGAAGCUCAAAGGCAGGCAGCACGGCGUGUUCCAGUCCAUGCUGCAGAACUUCCGACGCCCCAACUGCUGCGUCCGCCCUGCCCCGUCCUCGGUGUUAGAUUGACGGGGAGCGUGUGUGGGAGCCCUGGUACACCUUGAGGGUCUUCCUACGUGUCCGUCCAGGUCAGAGCUUGCUCGGUUUCCUCCCACCCCCAUCCCCCAGAGACAAAGAAGAGAAAGCGAGUAUUAACUACAGGAAAUUGCUACUAAGAAUUGUUGGGUCCUUUGACUGGAGCUCCAUAAAUUAAAAUAUCUUUUCAGUUCGGGUCACACAAGGGAAACGAAGACAUUUCACUCUGCAAGAAGGAACAAGAGAAAAGCAAGCUUCCCUGAAAGUUCUCCACCUCAAUCAAGAGGAAAUAAGAUUCACUGGGGUUUUUUUUCAUAGGUUGUUGCUUAGAGAACCAGCAUUGUCAUUAUACGUGUGUCAUUUUGUGCCACUGUUUCAAUUGAACCCACUAUGGUAUUUCCAUUAAAACCCCGGCUUUGUGUUAAAAAUACCAGAAACGCUAUUAGCAAAACCACCGUUACACUUUCUAGUCCUGUUGCAACAAGAAUGCUGUUACCAUGCAAAAUUUAAGUAGCUGAUAAGAACUAUAAUGGAAAAAAGGUAAAACAAAUUUGACUCAUUCCUAGGCCAGAGGACAUGAAGUAAAAGCAUUUAAAUGCAUACGAUACCAAAUAUGAAUUAAUAUUUGUAAACGUCUACAGAUAACCAUUUUUGUAAACCUUGUUAUACCUCUUCAUAAAUUUAAGAAAGUUAUAGGAGGGAAAUUAGCUAUGCUUUCGAAUAUGAAUACUGCCCACAUAAUACAUGAAUUUAUAUAUACAGAUUUUCCAGCACCAAAGGCAAGAUGCAUCUCUGUGAUUCAGACUAGAUUAAAUUCUCAUUUCCUUACCCCAGAGGAAGUACAUGUGGCUGAAUUCUUGAAAAGAGUCAUCAAGUUAUUGAUAAUAUUAAAUUUUAUGUUGUACGGGUGUUCUCCAAAAACAUUCUACUGAAAUGUUAAGGUUUUGGUAAGGAAUCAUAAACAACAAGUUAACAAACACUCUUCUCUCUGUGUUGAAAAAAAAAAGGAAAAUUUCCUGAGUAACAAAAACAAUGGGUUUAAUUUAGACUCCACUAAACAGGAGGCAGUUUGUGUGUUUCUUUUGGUCUGGUUCAGUAACUUCUAAUAGGAAAUGUAGUCAACAGCAAAUAGAAUACCAGCUUCCUUACAGUUUUUGGAUGUAGACUAAUAUCAUGUAAUUGCUUACGUUUCUAAUCUAUAGCAAUAAGGUAACCUCUGCAAAUGUUGAUUUUAAGAGAAAUACCGUCAUAUCUCAUUCUUCAAACCCAAGAAAAGAGAGGCUUUUACUAAAACACAGUUUGAGCUUUGGUCCUGGAGAACAUAGGCACCUGUUUGAGCUCAGCCCCUUCCUGCUUCCAGAAAUUGACCCUGUCCAUGUGAUCCAUGAGUGUCUUGCAGGCACUGGGCUAGGAUGACCAGCAGUGGCUUGAGAAUUGGGGUAGCUAGGAAGAGGGGAAUGAGCUAGGGCCCUGGAAAGGCUUCCCCUCCUGGAUUCAAUGUAGGGAGAUCGCUGCUCACCACCUUGCAUUUAGAAAAUCAGGUUGUUAGAUGUUGAAGAGGCACUGCUUGCCUUCACUAAACUCACUCUCCUAGAUGAGACAGAUGGCCAUGUAUUCUCUCUCCAGAGACUCAUAAAUGCCAUUUUUGCAUGAACUCAAAAAGUCCCUGUUCUGGCUUUUUUUUUUUUAAUUCUUUUUGGCAGAUGCUGAAAAUAUUGGAGGAAAUCAUACUUGAACUUUAACACAAGCUACACUGGACACAACCUAAAUUAGUAAUAGCCAUUGAUUUCUUUCAAAUCAACUGGACUGUAUACAAGGCCUGCAUAGGAGACCACAGUCACAGCAUUCUCAGAGCCUGAGAAUGGUACUUAACAGUGCUUGUAUUUGGAAUUUAUAAUGAAUUUUUUCAUGAUACAAUUUUUAGUUUCUUAACAGUUGGCCUCUAUUGAGAAUGCUGUCUGAAGUAGAAAUUACCAUCAAAUUAACAAUCACAUUAUUAUUUAAUGAUUAGAGAUUUGGUCUAAAACUCUCUUUUGGCCUUAAAUAUCCAUUUGUAGUAAUGUUCAUGUCACUUCUGUCAGAGAUGCCUUUUCCGGGAUGUAAUCUCACUCCUGUCUCUCGCUCAUGUUGUUGUCUCCCUCACAUGUCGCACGUGCUGUGUACACACAGAGAACACCCUGUGUACACAAUGGCAGCUGUCAACAGCACCCACUGCAGCUGGGUGGGCCCCAGGUAAUCCUCUGUGCAAAGUGGCUAGAACAGGCUGUUCCUGCAUUCACAUAGGAGAAAAGGAAGAAUUCAGCAUCUGGUAAUAAUAUUUAUUUUCAUGCGUUUGGAGUAACCACAUGAUUUAUAAAUAGUUAAAUGAGACAGAGGCCUCAAAGAGUUGUAGGCAUUUGUUGCACAUUAAAUAAAUUUAAAAUUAAAUUAAUUAAAACUAAACUUGGUAUAGUUGUGCCUCUCAGUAAAACUUAAUGUUUGAGAUAGUAACUUUAACUGGUUUUCUUUGGUGCUGGCACUAACCCUGACUUCUUAAUCUUUAAUUCUUUAUUAUUUAUCUUUACUUCUGCCAUACUGUAGAAAUUGUCAGAAAAUAUUUCAAAAGCUUUCUUGUUUUGUUGUUUAUUGAAUCUUAUAGAAGGAACAGCUUUUAAGAACAGUAACAGAGGCCGACUGGCAUGGCUCGGUGGUUGAGCAUCAAUGUAUGAACCAGGAGGUCACAGUUUGAUUC